AUGGCCACUACACCAGCACGAAGCAACGGCGCUCAGCCAAGCCAAAACCUCAACUGGGAACAGAUUCCGCUCACAGUAAACGGUACUGCCAUCUCAGUCUCUACCGUACGCUGUGAUGGUUCUGCGGAUCCAAUUCUCUUCCUUCACGGCUUCGGUAGCACCAAGGAAGAUUACACCGACAUCAGCCUCCACCCGUCACUCUCCAAGUACCCAAUCAUUGCAUACGAUGCACCAGGCAGCGGUUCCUCCACUAUCGCGGACUACUCUGCGCUCUCGAUGCCCUUUCUUGUCGCCGUCGCUGAAGCAGUCUUGAAGACCUAUGGCGUCAAGAAAUACCACCUCGUCGGCCAUUCCAUGGGGGGCCUAACGGCCUUACUCCUCGCCCAGCGGAACCCAGGCUCGGUACUGAGCUUCACCAACAUCAAGGGAAACCUCGCUCCCGAAGAUUGCUUCCUGAGCAGGCAGAUCCUCGACUUUCCCGCGGAAGAUCCCGAGAUGUUCGUCACAGAAUUCAUGGAGCGCACGCGGCAGUCUGCCUUCUUCGGCAACGGAGUCUACGCCGCUGCCUUCAGAGCCAAGGUCAGAACUGAGGCUAUUCGUCCUACGUUUGAGAGUAUGGUGGAGUACUCGGACAACGGAGAUUUGAUGGAGAUCUUCAAGGGCUUGGCGUGCCCUAGAAUGUUCAUGUUCGGGGUGCAGCACGCAACGUUGUCGUAUCUUCCCGCCAUUGCCAAAGCCGGCGUUGAACUAGCGGAGAUUCCCAAGAGUGGUCAUUUUGUUAUGUACACUAAUCCAGUCGCUAUGUGGGAUCUAAUUGAAGACUUUUUAGGGAGGGCGUCGGAUGUGACCACAAAGGUGCAUAUUCGGUCAACUACCUAG